UUUCAUACUCAUUUGCAGGAAUGUAUUGCAGACACAUUUUGGCUGUUUUGCAUUUCAAUGAUAACUUGAGGAGGGAUGAGCUGGUGAUGAAAGGCAAGAAACAACUUAAAGUGGUAUAUCCAAAAUUUAAAAAUGGUGAAGCUACUGUGAGAAGUGUCAGAGUUCAUCAAAAUUUUGAUUAUAUUAAUGAACUUUAUAAAACAAUGAUGAGUGCUACCAAAGAACAAUUUCAAAAGGCAUCUGAAGAACUGUCAAAUAUGUCUCCUGCACCAAUGCAUACCAUGUUUGUUAGACAAUCAAAAGCAGAGGCAAUUAAAAAAAAGAUCAAUCGUCAAAAAAUGGUAGUUGAAAAUGUACCACCCACCAACGUCCCAUUAACAAUGUCAGAAAAUACCAUUAAUAUAACAAGAACUCGUCCACACUGUCGAACUUGUGGGAAACCAAUGAAAGGUCACCAACAGGUCCUGGACUGUCCACAAAACAAGAAUCAAAAUGAGGGUGAAUCAUUGGCAUAUAAGUAGUAAAUUAUUUAUCCUCAAAUUCUUCAUCAUCAUAACCCUGAAAAUCUUUUCCCACAAAUCGAGUCCUUAUUGCAUGAUAGGCACAAGCAGGUAGUGGUAUCCGUUUAUUCCCUAAGUAGCCAUGCACCAGCUGGGUAAAUUCUCGAUAUGCAACACUUCUCAAAUAUCUAAAUUUGCAAAAUAAAUCUUUGUCAUAAGUUA